AUGUUGAAAUCAGCAAAUUAUUAUUCCUUAUUAUUGAACUUGCCAGUAAUUGUUAAAGUAUUGGAUCUGUACAGACUAAAAGACACAUAACAUCUAUGCUCAAAUUUGAAUAUCAAGUCAGAGUAAGAUGAAAGUUGGGCUAAGAAGGAUAACAUAAGUCUGACCAUAAAUUUUGAGCAACAAAUCGAAAAAUAAAAAGGUAAGGAAGUUUCUCCAAUACAACUUUAAACAGGACAUUUGCUCUCCAAGUACAUUUUUAUUGAUAUACUAGGCAAAGCUUUUUCUCGAGAUAAAGUUGAGAAACUACUCAAGAUGCUUUCUAAGAACACGCAUAUCUUAAUGAAGGAAAACAGUAAAAUCAUAGAAAUGCUUACAGUGUCUCUUUCUUUCUUUCCUCAGUUUCAUAAAGUUGUAAAGAAAAUUUCCCACAAAUCAGAGCGGGCUGAGUACUCUGCUAUUGGUAGAUGGAAUGACAGCUGGGUAGUAGGUGGAAAGGAUCGCUACUCACACUAAAUUACAGUGCUGAACAAAAAUCUCAAAGUAGAAGCAAAGCACUAGAUUCCACAUCCUAUUUAUUGCAUGAUCAUUGUUUAAGACUUAGCUUGUCUAGGAUGCCAGCACGGUCUUCAGCUUUUGGACCUUAAAACAUCAGCUUUUGUUGAAUUGUAAAAGAGUGAACAGCCAAUAAGAACAAUUCUGCAAGAUUAAAGCAACCAAAGUAUCAUUGUAUCUGUCAGUGGAAAUGGCAUUUUUUAGGUUGUAAAUCUGAAGACAAAAGCACUUUUAUACCGAGUGAAAGUGUGCGACAAAGUAAAGUGCAUGGUCAGCACCACAACUCCAAACGAAUACGCCUUUGCAACCAAUAAGGGUGUGAUUAUUGGAACUCUGGAUCCUUAGUAGAGCUACAAAUUUACAAAGAACAAUGCAGAAACUUACUUCGCUGAUAAAGCUAUAGGCUUUAUGGCCUAAAUCGAUGGAAUGUUUCUUGUGAUCACCUCACAUACUGGAUAGGUAGUUGAUGACUCAAGCUGGGGUUGGAGCAAUACAACCAUAUACACUGCAACUCUAAUUAACCGGGAGACAAAGAAAGAAAUCUAAUUUAGCGAUGGAGUAUCCGAAGUCUACAGUGCUCAGCAAGUGAAGGGAUGCAAUGGCCUGUUGAUGCUUCAGAUGUACAGUCUCUGCCUUCUUGAUAUUGAGAAUCUGAAAGUCACUCAUCUUUGCAGUAAUUCUUUGGGUUUUCAUGACAGAGAUUUGACAAGCACUUUCUGCUAAGUGGACAAUGGGAAUGGUCUGCAAAUAGGGAUGGUUUCGUUCGAUUAAAAAGUCUCAGCUGUGAAGAUUUGCUCCUUUAAAUAUUGA